CAAACAGUGGGACAUCGAAAAGCACUCUACCGACUAGUACGAGUGGUGAAGGAGAAAGCGAUCCGGAAACCGAAGGCGAAAGCCAUCGCCCACUAUGUCAGUGAGCCUACACGAUGGACAUACCCGGAUUCUGAGAUCGACGACCCAAUUUAUAUUCGCGACAACGAGAGCCAAUCCGACUUUGAGCCACUUCCCAGAGUCGAUUCCGAUUAUCGGCUCGCUGUGGACACACGCAUCGAAGAGCACUUCAUCGGAAUUAAAACCAGUGACGAGGCUGCUGCAUUAGUGAAAGCUGAUGACUUUGCACUUUACUACAGAAAAGAUAAGAACAACGAUGUAGGAGCAGCUAUUCAGCUUCACCUGGUGCACAGGAACACAAUAGAUGAGGUGUUUCACUUCCCCGUAUUGCGAUGUUGUGAGGAAAAUGGCUCAAAGUGGUGGUAUGUGCAGAUUGGUAACAAUAAAAUGCAAUCGGUAAGUUACACU